CAUCAUUUUAAAACUAAAUACUCAGCCUCAUCACGGCAGGGAUAUCAUAAUAGUAGCCAACGGUAUUGUAAAAUAUAGAACUUUCACUCCCAGGAAAAAACAAAAUGCAAAAGCGAUUAAUUUAAUCGCCAAAAGUAGGCCUUGGACAUUUCGUCAGAGCCGACAUGGCGCCGUGACAUAGCCCAGUUUCCCCAAAUCGAACAAGAAAACGGUGCAACUGGGCCGCGCGUGCGCAGUGUCCCCCAGAUUAAGUGCUCCGCGCAGUUUGCGAGGCACUCUCGGUUUAGAGCAACGGCAAAAGCCAUCAUCUCAUUGAACGGCACGGCACUCACUGGGACUUUGUCGCUCUUCAGAUCUUGUUUUAGGUGGUCCAGCCCAACCUGCUUCUAAGCGGUUUACACCAACGCACACCCAGUGGAGCAGGAGGAUGGCGGUGAAUGUCCACUCCACGUCAAUGACCAUAGAGAACCUGAGUCGCCAUGACAUGUUGGCGUGGGUCAAUGACUCUUUACAACUCACCUACACCAAGAUUGAGCAACUCGGUUCAGGUGCAGCAUACUGUCAGUUCAUGGACAUGCUGUUUCCAGGGUGCAUUUUGUUGAAAAAAGUCAAAUUUAAUGCCAAACUGGAGCACGAAUACAUCCACAAUUUCAAGGUUUUACAAGCUUCAUUCAAAAGGAUGUCUGUAGAUAAGAUUAUUCCUGUCGAGAGACUAGUUAAAGGCAAAUUCCAGGACAACUUUGAGUUCCUUCAGUGGUUUAAGAAGUUUUUUGAUGCAAACUACGAUGGAAAAGAAUACGAUCCUUUACUGUUACGGCAGGGCCUAGAGGGAACACCGCCACCUAAUUCAGGUGACCCCAUUGUGCACAAACCCAAAAGAUCUGCUCACUCAGGUCCCAUCAGAACAUCUCCCACAGCACCCAAGAGUGUCGCCACACAGCAGAGGCAGAUUAAUGCACCAGCAGCCCGCAGAAACCCGCCCAUGACUCGUAACGGAGGUGACUCAGAGCUCCUGGAGCUGAACCAGCAGCUGCUUGAUAUGAAGCUGACUUUGGACGGACUAGAGAAGGAGAGGGACUUUUACUUUGGCAAGCUGAGAGACAUUGAACUGAUUUGCCAGGAUGGAGAUAACGAAAGCAACCCAGUCCUCAACAAAAUCAUUGACAUACUCUAUGCUACGGAGGAGGGGUUUGCACCACCAGAGGAUGAGGACAUUGAUGAAGGGGCACGAGCAGACCAGGACGAGUUCUGAGCUCUUCUUUUGUAUCCCCUCUAAUUAAUUUAACCUUCAUAACCACAGAAAAUGUUCCCCUGUCAUUUUACUUUAUUUUUUUUUACAAGGUUCCCCUGACUCUUCCCAUCUUGUUUGUGGCUGUUCAUUAUCACAUUGUUUUUUUUGAGGUGGUGGGGGCAGGGGGUUGUUUUUUUUACAGUCCAGCUUACAAAAAGCAACAAUGUUUGGGCCUAUUGGUCUACACUACGAAACCAGAGGUGCCAGCUGCUCGGUGUGAUUCCCCACUCAUACAUUAAGGGCCAUACCUUGUUUUAUGCACCUAACUAGCGCACCUUUUACCUUCGCGGGUUCACCAGUAAUGACUUCUAACAUCCACCGUGCGUAACAGGCGAAUGUGCAUAACCGCCCAUGGUUUGAAUCAUGUGACUCAUCGAAGGCCUAAGCUCACUCUAAUUAUUGGAGCGUGGACUUUUCCCUAAGUCGUGAAUGGCAUACGAAUCUAUUUGGAAAAUUUAUCUGAGUUGAACGAACUUCCGUAAGAGAUACCGAAGUUAAUUGGCACCAGUGCGAUGUGUGCAGCGCUCAAAUAACAUGCUAUCCCUAUAAAAGUGUAUUCUGUGUGAAAUGGAUCCGGUACAAGUGAUUUAAUCAGAAUUCUCUGCUUAAGACUGAAUGCAUGUUUGGUUGUCCAUCAUACGAAAGUGGGUGAACCAGCUAUUGUUUAUCAGCAGUGCGCUGCAACCAUCUUGCACCACAUACCAGGGGCUAGUCAUUUAAACAGAUCUCAUGACUGUCAUAGCUCAAAUAAAAACAAUGAUUCAAAAUCUAACACAGCACACCAUGAUGAUGACUUCAGUUGUGAGCGUCACAUCCACAUAAACUCCAAGCCGCGACAGCACGUUUGAAGUCUGAGGUCCCUUGGCGCGGCUAUUUGACAAUUAAUAUGUAAUGUCGAUGUUCAGCCAUCUUCCUAAUGUGGUGGGGACACAUUACGACUGUUGGGUAGUCGCUGAGUGGUUGAGUGCUGAGUGGUUAUAAUGGCCAGCUGUGUCCUACACCACCAUCACGAGGCCUGUAACUUGGCCAACAAAACAGUUAACUGGAUCAAAACGUGCAACGUGGUGUUUCAUGUUCAUCGGGUGCUAGACCUCAGUCCGUCGGAGAAUAGGUACCACCAGAUUUGACAGCACCCACCUUUCACGGUUCCUCCAACUAGAGUGCGGAGCUGUCACGUAGAUGUGUGAAUUACAUUUUUCGAGUUGACUGGACAAAGCGCACAGCUACAAAAUGUGCAGUUGUGCUCCCCUUUUCUGAUUUAUGCACACACGAUGAUGUGACCCAAGAGCAUCGAGAUUAAAGUAUUUACAGCCCGGAAACAUCUGUAGUGUAUGAAGAUGCAGGCGGCUUUCUCCCACCGUGCACUUUUGAUUGGUGACUGAGUUUUGAAACAGUCAUUAGAAAUUGCUGCAAAUAUGCGAAAUCAUUUUUCCCACACUAUCCAUGUUGUAGGAUCUGCGUUGCUGGUGUUGGUAAGAUUAGAAAUGAUGCAAAUAAAUAUAUUUUGCAUAGUGAAUCUAGCCUGUAGACAUAUCACAAACUUGCUCACAUGCAUAUGGAUAAAAAUGUCAGAUGAAAGCCUUUAUUGAUCAAAAUAACCCCAAUAAGUUUAACUGUUUUGAGUAACCUGAUAUAUUUAUGAUUUUAUUUAUUUUUUUUAAGCAGCUUUAUUGCUUGGAAAGGUUUGUGAGUGAAAGUUGCACUAAAUGUAGCAAAGGAAGCCCACAUAAUGAUCAUAAUUGCCAACAAGCAGUGAUUGGCCGCAGCCGGAAAUAUGCAGGAAGAUGCAUUUUUAUAUCCAACCAUUUUCUAAGCCCCUUAUCCUUAUGAGGGUUGCGGAAGUGCUGGAGCCAGUCCCAGCUGUCGUUGGGCAGGAGGCAGGGUACAACCUUAACUGGUUGUCAGCCAAUCGCAGGGCACAUGGAGAUAGACACCAGUCGCUCUGACGAUCACACCUAGGGGCAAUUUAGAAUCUCCAAUGAAUGCAUGUUUUUGGGAUGUGGGAGGAAACCGGAGUGCCCGGAGAAAACUCACGCAGGCACGGGGAGAACGUGUAAACUCCACACAGGCGAGCCGGGAUUUGAACCCCGGUCCUCAGAACUGUGAGGCCAACACUACAGCUGCUCCACCGCGCCACCCAAUUUUACAUUUUGUAGCUUUCUUUUUUUGUAAACCACAUUGAUUUGCUAAAAAAUCCAAGUCAGUUGUCAUUGUGAAGUGUAUUUAAUAGAAAGAUGUCAGAUUGAUUUUUUUUUUUAAAUGGAGACAAGUAAGUCAAAGACUACUAAGUUAGUAAUGGUUGAUUUUAUGCUCAACAUUGUAGCUGCUGUUAUAUUGCUGUAUUUAAUUGAUUUUUCAUAUAAAACUUAACACUAAAAUGCCACAGUGUGGUAUGUUGUCACUUGCAGCCCAGCUGUGUGCUCAAAAUGAAUUGGUCUUUUUUUGGAGAACUGAAUUACAGCAGAUGUUGCUCAUUUUGCCUCCAAGUUGUGAUAAACACCUGGACUUACUGUUGGAAUUAAAUAAAGCUGUGAGGUUAAAAAAC